AUGCAGCCUCAAGAAAAGGCGAUUUAUGUCGCGCUGGGAAAUGAUCGAGAUGAAGGUUUCAAGACCUUGAGAUGGACACUGAUAAAGUGGAAGUUUCAGCCAAUUUCAAUCAUCAUUCUCCACAUAGACAUAACAAAAGAAACCGUUAUGACCUAUUUUGGGAAGAUGCCUGCAAGUUCUGUUAACGAGGAGAUGUUGGAAGUUCUCAGAAAGAACGAGCAAGGACAGAUUGACAAGCUGCUUUCUCAGUACAAAGCCUUCUGCGGCAAGGUAAAAGCUGAAAUCUUCAAAGUUGACAAGUAUGAGAAGCCUAUUCCUGAGCACAUCAUAGAUUUGAUUUCUGGUCUCCACAUAACCAACUUGGUCAUGGGACUCACAUUCAUGAAAUCCUCAUCAAGGUACAAACAUAAACAAAUCAGUGCAAUUAGUGGAUGUUUUUACAUCCACCAAAACAAGCCUGAAUUUUGUGAGUUCUUCAUAAUAAGUGGGGGCAAGCAGAUACUCAUGCAAGAAGAUAAAUUUGUUGAUUCCAACCUUGGAUCACCAUCUCCUUCAUCUUCAAAUCCUGACUCUCCCAAUGUGGAAAAUCAAUGGGAAAAUUGUGCUGAAGAAAUGGAAAACUAUCUUCACCAUCUGUUGUCUCUGAAUCUGGACGAAGAACAAGAAGUUUGUGAGCAAGAAAAUGAUUCUCAUUAUAGUCCAAUGGAAGCAGAAAUGAAAGAACUACAAAACUCCAAUAUGGUAACUCAAAUCAAGCAAUUCAAUAUAAAGAGAAUUUUGUUCUUUUUUGUUUUCCGUUUUUUUUUCCCCUUCAAUUUUCUUCAGAGCGUUGCAGAAAAAUCUGAACUUCUAAGGAGAAGAAUCAAAGAAACCAACGAGAGAACCAAAUCAAAAAGGAACGAAGAUACGGAAAGACUUGCGAAAGCAGAAUUUGCCAUUUCUUUAUGCAAUCGCCGGGAGGAAGGAGUCGAAGCUCUGAUAGCGAGAGAGGUGACGAAUCGAGCGGAGCUGAAGAAGGAACUAGACGCCACGAGAGAGCUCCUCCGCGAAGCCCUAGCGGACGUCGAAGAAAGCAUGAAGAGGCUAAACUCGCUCGCGGAUCCCCGAUCAGAUCUCUCCGAGGAGCUCCAGCGCUCGGCAGCAGCGAGAUCGGAGGCGGAGGAGCGGCUGAAGGCGGCGACGAUCGGAAGGGCGAAGACGGCGGCUGAAAUGGAGAAGCUGAGGAGGCAGAGGGACGUUUUCCGGCGGAGGAUCGAAUUUUGCAGAGAGAGAGACGCCAUUGGCAAUGGCAAUGGCAUGGCAGAGAGGGUUUCUGAAUGGAGGUGCGAAUUGAGGGAGUUUAGCGGCGAGAUCAAAUCGGCGACUAAUAAUUUUUCGGAGCAUUUGAGGUUUAAAUCUGGAGGGGAUUGGACUGCAGUAUACAAAGGGCGUAUCAACCUUCAAACUGUUGCCAUCAAGGUGAUCAAUGCAUCAUUGCCUGAGGAAGAAUUUCAAUUUAAGGUGAAGUUCCUCGGCGAGAUUAGACACCCCAAUUUGAUUGCAAUGAUUGGCUUUUGUUCGGAGCCUCAGUGCAUUGUCUUUGAAUACAUGCACAAUGGUUCCUUAAGAGACAUCCUAGUUUCUUCAUACCGAAACUCGGCCAAGAGAAAUCCCGCCCUUCCUUGGCAUGACCGAAUACGUAUUGCGGCCCAAGUGUGCUCGGGCCUAUGCUACCUCCACCAGGCCCAGCCCAAGCCCAUUGUUCACGGCCGCCUCACCGCCUCCAACAUUCUCCUUGACCGCAACCUAGUCGCGAGGAUUAGUGGGUUUGGGCUUUCCCAAUACAAUAAUGAGGCCCACAUUGGAUCUGAUGUGGAGGCCUUUGGGCUUUUGCUUAUGCAUCUUCUGACGGGAAGUAAUUGGGUUGGGCUUGUUGACGAGGCCAUGCUUAUGGACAAGGCGGCUUUUGUUCAGGUUUUAGACGAGACAGCUGGAGAGUGGCCAUUGGAAGUUGUAGAGGGACUUGCCAUAUUGGCAUCCAGGUGUUUGACUUUGACCAAAAGUGGACAUCCCAAUAGAAAUUUGAGAGUAGAAAUGUUGAUGGAAGAGCUCGAGGAAUUGAGUAAAAAGGCAGAUGAGUUGGUUGAUAGAAGAAGAUUUGAGGAGAUUAGUGAUGAAGGUGAACCUAGACAGGACCCUGGUGAAGUCCCCAGUGUCUUUCUCUGCCCAAUAUUUCAGGAAGUGAUGAAGAAUCCACACGUAGCGGCUGAUGGAUUCUCUUAUGAGCAAGAAGCUAUCGAAGAAUGGCUGAAAAUGGGAAGAGAUACUUCUCCUAUGACAAACUUGAAGCUUAAGGACAAGUUCCUCACCCCUAAUCACACCCUUCAUUCUCUCAUUCAAGAUUGGCAUCAUAAAAGAUCAAUUGUGCCACCUUAG